AUGAGAUCGCUUACAAUCGUUCUUAGCGUUGUCAUUUUGGCCACAUUCUUUGUGAGGAGCAGCGAUGCCGUGGCCUGUUCAGAUACCAUCCUGACCAACUGCACGGACUGUACCGAUGGGGCUAAUGUUGAUAACGCCGAUUGCACCACCACAACAACAACCACAACACAAGUUUCUGUCACCCUAAGACCCAAUCGCCAGAUUGUCCGAGUGCAAAAUUUGCAGUACACAAAUGUCCGACGUAUUCGGGUAAAUCGCAAUGGAAAUGGAGGCGGAACUGGCACUAACACUGGAACUGGCACACGUUACAAUCGUGGUGCAAGGAGAAACCGUGGCAACGGAAACAGACGUGGUCGUGUUGUACGUGUCCUGAGAGGUUGA